UAUACAUUUAUACAUAUAUGUGUAUCAUCACUUUAUAUAUAUAUAUAUAUAUAUAUAUGUAUAUGUAUUCCAUUAGGUAUACUAUACAUAUAUCCUCUUCUUAUUCUAUGAAUUACUCCUCCCAUGAGAGUGAGACUGGAUAAGAGCCUUUCCAUCUCUCCCGCACAACUUCGAUCGAUCGCUCCCAUUUAUUUAUUUAUUAGACAACCUGAUAUAAGCUAAAUAAAAACCCAACAAGGUCUUGCCGUAGGUAGGUUGGUUCAGUUGGUCGAAGGACAACAAUAUGGCAUCAGCAGCAGCGGGACCAGCAAUAGAACAUCAUUCAUCAUCACCAGGCCGAUACAAUAAUAAUUAUUGGAGUAGGAGGCCGACCUGCAGAUCUCCAUCAUCUUUCAUCAACUCCAUCUUCAUGUCCACCGUGAACACUGCAGCCAGAACCCUAGUCUCCAUCGCUUCCACCUCCAAAACCGACCCAGCCGCCAACGACAAAUGGAGGCCCGCUGACCACCUUAGGUUCAUCUUCAUGCUCAUGACUUGGUUCACUCUUUGGUUCCUCAGGGUUCUCAUGGACUACUUCCCUUCUCUCUGCCCGGCCUCUCCUCCCCCAGUUUCGCCCAGCAGUUAUCACCAACUGCAGGGGGACGGCUGCUGGGGAUCGCUUGACUUCCGGCCGGUCCCACCACUGCUAUGUAAUUAUUCAUCAUCUUCAUUAGCACUGGUAGGGCCAUCUCCUCCAGGUUCUUCAUCGGCACUGUCAUUGCCGCUGUGUACUGCAGCGAAUUCCCAGCUGGACAUGAUUUUGUAUGAAGGAGAGGAGCAUGAACCAUCGGUUGAUGCCCUUGGGAGAGCUCUCACACACAUCCUGGCGCUCCUGAACGAGAUCCCCGCCACAUCCAGGAAGUACCAGUUUGCCAUGGCCAUGGCUGACCGCAUCCUGGACGAUAACUCCAGGAACGGACACGUUAAGCUCCUCCACAUCAACCGCACCGCUCUCGCCUCCGCCUUCGCUCGCACCUCCACCCUUCUCUACUGCUCUCUCAACCUCACCCAGCAGCAAGCCGAUCGCGACGGCAUGAUGACCAGCAGCGGGUGGCCUGAACGCAUCUUGCGUUCUCUCCCGAUGGGCAAUUACAUCGCCUCCUCCGUCAAGGGGAUCAGCGCAGUGAUCCGCUACGUGGGCAACGCAUGUACUGCCAGUGGGGGGCUGACGCAGCUGAACGGAGGUGGCCGACAGUCGUCUUCACAUGAUAUCGACGGGGUAGCUGAUCAUCUGGAGCUGGCAGCAGAGAAGCUGGCGCAGGAGCUGCUGUGGAUAACCGGCAGGAUGAGGGACUACGGGGCGGUGGAAGAAGCUCUGGAGCAAUGGAGCUUCUCGUCCGCCCUGGCUUCUGCCUCGCUUGAGGCAAGUCCGAGGGUACAAGGCUUCAUCAUCAAAAUCUCAGCGCUGUUGUUCGGGGAGUUGAUGCGGGAUCAUCAUCAGACGGCGGCCGCGUACUCGAGGGAAGUGAAGGUAGGGAUUCUGAUGCUGUGGCUGCCACUGUGCUGCCAUGCGAGCAAUGGGCUGUCGUACCCAAUACUGACGGGGCUGGAGAAGGUGGAGGUGGAGAGAGCCAUGGACCAAGUCAUCUCCUCCCUCCCCCAACCCGACCAAGAACUCGUCCUUACCACUUGGUUCCAUGACUUCACCACUUCCGCCUCCGAUUGGCCUAAUCUUCAGGUCUCCUACGACCGAUGGUGCCACUGCACUCGCAAGCUCGUUUAAUUUAUACAUAUCUAGCAGCCAGCUAGCCGCCUCUGCAUGCACUCGAUUGAAAGCUAAUAGUAAUAGCUCAUUUAGCAGCCUGCUGAACGCAUGGAUAUCGAUCAAGUAUUGCCGCCAGCAUAGCUAGCUAGGAUAUAUCUAUAUAUAUAUAUAUAUAAGGGAAUAAUAAGAGAUCAUCGGGAUCAAUAUAUAUGUGCUCCUUGCAAAUAGUAGUAUAUAAAUGAUAAAUACCAUAGGUGUCAUCUGGGAGAGGUCCAUUACCUGAUUACAUCCUUUCAUCCA